AUGGGCAGUAACGAUUAUAAAAAAUUCAAAGUUGCACGUUGCUCUGGCUCCACAGAGAAACAAACCAUUCAGUUUGAUAGUGAAGACAAACCUUUGUAUUCAGCUCAUAUUAUUGAAUACGUCAGUGAGAACAGAAACAUGGAUAUAUGUGUAGCUGAUUGGGAAGCCAAAGCAGUAGUGGUGGUUAAUCAGACAGGAAUACUCCGAUUUAGAUACACUGGUCAUCCUUCCUUCUUCUACGGAUGGAUCAUUAGCUCCAAUCGCAUCACAACCAGAGUCAGAUCCUCAUUUCUGACAAGAACAAUAAGUGUAUCCACAUCCUAG